AUGAGUGGUUGCAGAUUGUGCAACUGCCCCUUUCCUGGAGUGGACGGAGUCUGCGCUUUGUGCCGGUGUGUCUCCCGGCUGGUGGGGGAGUUCAGAGCACUUCAGCCUGUACUGCGAUCCUGGGGGGUCAGCCAGGCCAGGCAGUGGACUUCCCUGCUCCAAGAAGAGCAAGCUCAACAGCGGGCCAGGGACAGGCUUUGUGCUCCUGUGGGCCCUCCUACUACGGGAGGGUUACCAGUGCCUCCCCCACCUCCUCCUCGUACGGAGGGCAUUGCGGUGAAGAGGGAGGCGGCGGCGAGCGCACCAAGCGCCCCAGCCGAGGUUGCUGAGGCACCUUCCUCGAGCGCCCGGGGAGCUAGAGAGGAGGCUGAGAGAUCCAGAUCGCGUCAAAAGCCCAAGAAAGAAAAGAAGAAGGAGAAAGCUGAGGGAAAGAGGAGUAAAGAGAAGAGUCUGCACGUGGAAGCAGAGAAGCUUUCAUUGACAAGAGGCCCGUCAGCAGGGCAAGGAGUCCGAGACUGGAAGAUAGAGACAGGGGCAGAGGCAGACCCCGAGAACCAGAGCAUCCUCCUAGAAGGCGCAGGUGAGCAGAGUCAGAAGGGCGAAGCAGAAGAAAAGUUUGUGAACGGAGAAGAGGUGGAAGCCAAUUUGGCUCCUUUGGGAAGAUUGGUGCAAGGUACUCCUGUCGUCGUCGUUGGGGAGUACCGACAAGAAGGAUGUCGUCUUUGCGGCACAGUGCAGGGCCUCCAAGUGCGCCACGUGGGCGAUGUAGAGUUGCAACUGACAGGGGAGGGGACGGAAAGCGAGUCCCUCCUGAAGUGGAUCACCGGGCACCCCACGGUGCCAGUGCGGGUCCAUCUGUGCGGCUCAACUUGCCCCAACAAGGUGGACGCAGAAGGUCUAGUACACGCCACAAAAAUCCGACAGAAACAGAGGAGCGACGAGGGAGGCUGGUCAGAGAACCUGCGAGAAGGAAGAGACGAGAAUGCAGAGCUGAGGAGAGAAGCAAUGGCAUUGCAAGAGAAGGAAGCGAAGGAGAAAGAGAGAGCAGACCAGAAAAGAGACGACAAGAAAACAAAGAAAAAGAAAAAGGAGAAGAAGAAAAGAUCCUCAAGCACCGGAGGAUCCAGCCGAAAGAAGGUGAGAUCGAGCAGAAAGAGGGUCAACUCACGAAAGGAGCUGAAGGAUGUCUUCGGGUCAACUGGCCUGGACCCCAAUUACAAAGUGAGGAGGAAACUGGUGAAAGCAUUGAAGAAGAAGUUGAAGAGGAAGAAGGAGGAGAGCACCAGCGGCGAUUCAAGCUCCAUCGAUGGGAGCGGGGAGAGCAGCGACCAGGGCAGCUCCGAGGACGAGGGGAUCUUCGGGGACACCCACAAAGUGCGGGUGGUAGCCCGCCGAGCUCCAGGAGUUCUAGCGGAGAGCACUAUCAGGGAGAUGCAGAGUCAACUCCUGACGGCAGCAGGCACAGUUUGGGACCAGGAGAAAGGGGAGGUGCCUGCGGUGGCGCUGCAAUAUUACCGCAACCAUCUGGCCCCCCUCCUUUCAGGGGGGGCCAGCCGAGAAGCUCUGACCUUGUGCUGGAGCUUAGACCUGGCGCUUCAGGGGAAAGUUGCCAACACGGUCGACUGCUUGGCGCAGAGGCUGAAGAGUUUGCAGCUGACAGCCAAUGGAGGGAGUUGGCGAGUCAGUCAAAGGGUCGAAGUGGUCCCGCCAGAACGGGGACAACUGACAAGCCGCGCAGAAACACAGGCCGCGGCCAAGGAGGACAAGGAGGAGCAGAAGACGAGAGCGUUAGCAAAAGGAAAAGAAAAGGGAAAGAGCGAGAGUUCAGGGGCAGGGGCCCCGUGGCGAUACGGAAAGGGCGAGACAAAAGGGCGCGACAAAGGGAAAGGCAAGAGGAGCGAAAAAGAGGAAGGAAAGAAGAGCUCCUAG